CCUGCAUUACUGAAAUCAGUUUGUUGUUUCAAUCGAUAUGUUCCAGCGUUUUGGAUGCGGCAUCCCUCCGGAGACUACAAGAGUCUGUUCCCAUUCUGAUGUGUAAUCUGGAAAAAAUAAUGCCACCAUCGUUUUUCGAUACAAUGGAACAUCUCAUUAUACAUCUUCCGUAUGAGGCUUUGACUGCUGGGCCCGUCUUCUAUCGGUGGAUGUACAGAUUUGAAAGAUUUCUAGGAGAGCUGAAAAAGAAAGUGACCAACAAGGCACACGUUGAGGCUUCAAUUUGUCAAGCGUAUCUUCAACAAGAAAUCUCAACGUUCUCGUCUUUUUACUUCGAGCGUGAAGUCAUCACCAGAAGGAAGAGACCUGCCCGGAACGAUGACAUUGGCGAGGAUUUAUAUGAAAAUGUAGUUUCCAUCUUCAAUUACCCAGGCAGAGGUAAAGGUGCUGCGACACAACGAUACAUCCUGGGUGGGGAAUUGCAAAUUGCGCAUACUUAUAUCCUCAUGAAUUGUCCAGAAAUCUCACCGUUUUAUCAGUAAGUUAAAUUUGUAGUUAUAAUUGUAAUACUUAUAAAUUAAAUUUGUAGUUAAUUUAUAGUUUUUUUUUUAUUUUUGACUUCACAGUGAAUUCCGAGCUUCUUUAUCAGCCUUUCCUGAGAAUGAAAUAGAUGCGUUGGUGGACUCUGAUUUUGUAAAUUGGUACAAGUAUCAGGUAUAUAUACACACACAUUAAU